AUGCUAUGUCUCUCUGGCUAUUUUUUGCGUUGCCUUGACAAGACAAUUGUCGAAUUGGAAGAUGUCUCGACAACGAACGGACAAGUUGUGCUCCGAUUUUGGCUUCAGGCGGCCUCCAAUUCUUCGUGCGCAUAUCAAACAGUCGGGCAGAGUUUUGGUGUUUCUAUCACGUCAAAGAGGCGUCCUUACAGACACGACAUGCGCAUUGGAGGCAUCGGAAACGAUAAACCUCCAUCCAAUGUGCAAACAAAAUGA